AUGCAUCAAUCUACCUCUGAAGUCGCGAUCGCGCGACAGAAACGGCAGAAGAACCCCAAUCGGUGUCGCCCCAAGUCCAAGGGUGGUUGUCAGCGGUGCAAGCAGCGGCGACGCAGAUGUGAUGAGACCAAGCCGAGCUGUCAGGAGUGCACCAAAAAAGGCCUCGACUGCCCUGGCUAUCAAAAGAAACCGCUCGAAUGGCGAUACGUCUUCAAAGAAGAGGACAAUUAUGGCGGGCAGACAAAUUCCUUCUCCGUGCAGCUGGACGACUCGUUCGGGCAGGAGCAGAUUACCACCACGCCCGAGAGCCAAGAGGAAGAGGUAGUGCACAGCAAGAACCUGCAGAGUUUGUGGGAUGAAGCCAGCUCGACAUUAUUCGAUGAGCUGCCGGAAAUCGACCCUUCGAUCAGAGCCACCUCCAAAUUAGAUCCUAUAUUGAGCGAUCUGUCCAUCAACAAGCCUGCGACGCAUUCGGAUAGCUUGUCGGUGCUGCAUCGCAGACUCGCGACCUCACCCGUCCCGUCAUUCCUCAUUCAUAUGCCCGCCAUUCUGGUUCAGUACUACUUCGACUACGUCUGCAAGUCCUGGUCAUCAUUCGACUCCCCGCUCAACCCAUUCCGAAUCAUCGUCAGUCGUCUCUGGAGCCGCAACGCAGCCAUCUACUACACCAUCCAAAGCAUGGCAGCCGCCUCCCUAGCAAACGACUUCCCAGGAAUGAAAACAAUCGGCAUACAAACCCAACAACAAGCAAUCGCCUGCCUGCGCAACAACCCGCGUGUCGGCUCCCUGCACCGGGAUAAUCAAGACGACGAGUACUUCCUCGCUCUCCUAAUGAUCGGAAUGACAACCGCCUGGCACGACGCUGGCGAUCUGGGCCUAGAAUACCUCAAAGAAGCAAAAGACCACCUGACAAAGCAACAACAACUCUGCCAGGACGCAAACUCCACUUUCGCAAAGCAAUACCCGCUCUUUCAGCAAUGCCUGUUGUACUGGAACAUGCUCGCCGCCUUCGUCGCCGAAGACUCCCUCCUCCUCACAGAAGAAAGCGUCCUGGAAGCGCCGGAACCAGAAACAUCCGUCUACCUCGUCGACGGCCAAGCCCUCCCCCACCCCUGGACAGGCCCCUUCUCCAAAUCCCUCAGCCUCUUCUACCAGACAGCCCGCGUCGUCCGCGCUGCCCGCAUCCUCUACCGCACCUGCGUCGGCGAGCCAGACCCCACUACCUUCGACUUUGCCUUCUUAAUGGAAGAAGUUGACCUCCGACAGAAGGCCGAGCGUCUAGAAGAAGAUAUGCUCUUCACAGGCUUCUCGUCCUACUGUGGCCCGGUCGAUAUCGGCGACACAGAUACACCCCCUUCCCACUUCAUCACCCUCGCAGAGGCAUACCGCUGCGCCUCCCUACUCCAAAUCUACCAUGUCUUCCCGGACAUCCUAGACGAACGAAUCCGCCUCUCCCAAAGCCCUGGGCAGGACAUACCCCCCCUCUUCUCAGUCCUCUUCUCUUCCACCUCCUCAGUCAAUAUCACCUUCCCCUCUUCAGAGGUAACCCGCCGCAUCCUAGCCCUCCACAUCGUCUCACUCCUCGACCAAAUUCCAACCACAUCGGGUACACGCUGCAUGCACCCCAUCGUGCUAGCCUGUAUAUCCAGCGACCUAAUUUUCUCAAACGACUCGCUCUUCGGGCCGGCGGCGAACGCGAUCGCGAGUUUGAAUACACUUGACGUCGAAAUUGCGCAGGCGAGGAGGAGGGUUAGUUUGUGGUUGAGUGAGCUGGGCUUGAUUUUGCCGAAGCUGCGCAUGCAGAGGAUUUCGGAUGUUGUGAGGAUGACGUGGGAGAGAGCUGAUGAGGGGGUGCAGGAUUAUUGGCUUGAUGUUAUGAUUGAGAGGGGGUUGGAGACUAUUAUGGGGUAG